CCCCUCCCAAGUCUCUCUAGCCUCUGGUAGCUUAGGCCACCCCUUCCAGGAUGCUUCUCUUUUGAGCUUCAGGUCAUUAGCUGAGGUGAUGACCUUGACCCUAGCCCAGACCCUGCAAAUGAAGGGCCUGCCUCUAAAUAGUGUGGAACCAUUUGACCCAAGAGACCUGCUGUGACCAGUCAUGCAGUCACCCUCUUUAGACAGUGCUUCGCCAUGGCAGUGCCCAGACAUAAAAAGGUUGGGCUAGGCUGGUGAAACCAUCACUUGCGGUGGGUCUCAGACUGAGCACCAACGCCAUGGCCUGCCCCAGUCUCGCUUGCUGCCUGCUUGGCCUACUGGCUCUGACCUCUGCCUGCUACAUCCAGAACUGUCCCCUGGGCGGCAAGAGGGCUGUGCUAGACCUGGAUAUGCGCAAGUGUCUCCCCUGCGGCCCGGGCGGCAAAGGGCGCUGCUUCGGACCGAACAUCUGCUGCGCGGACGAGCUGGGCUGCUUCGUGGGCACCGCCGAGGCGCUGCGCUGCCAAGAGGAGAACUACCUGCCCUCGCCCUGCCAGUCCGGCCAGAAGCCUUGUGGGAGCGGGGGCCUCUGCGCCGCCGCGGGCAUCUGCUGCAGCCCGGAUGGCUGCCGCACGGACCCCGCCUGCGACCCUGAGUCUGCCUUCUCCGAGCGCUGAGCCCACUUUGUGGUGAUACCUUUAGGGCGCUUCCUUCAUUCCCCAUGACCACUGACAGAAAAUAAGAAAGAAAAAUAAAGCAG